UAAAGGUGGUUCGGAGCUCCAAGGGAUUGAAAACGCCAAUCACGUAGUGAUCCAAUUAUAGUGUGUCGGCGCUUUGGUGCGAUGUAUUUUGGAAUCAUGAGCGGCCUGGACAACGCGGCGCCGGCGCCGCUGUUUGCAUCCCCAUCCAAACGGGGCAUGCACCACACACCGACGCCUUUUACAACGACCGAGACUCGUUUCAAGUGGCAAAACUCCAAUGCAAACACAGAUGCGCUGUACAAACUCCCGGGAACACUGGGGGGCGAUGCGAAGAGCUUUGGCACAAGCACCCGUGACGAUUGGGACCGGCAAAAGAAGCCUGGCAGUGGGCUGGGUGCGUAUGAAGCCCCCAAGUCAUGCGGUAAGCAAGUGUCUUCGAUGAACCGAACGGCGUCCGAGCUGUCGUUCAACGUCGCGGCGCGCACCCCCCUCCGAGACAAUGCAACUCCGUCCCCUGGCCCGAUUUAUAACAUGCCGUGUGCCUUCGACAACAAGGUCACGAACGCCUUUUCCAUGGGCUCGUCCAAGCGCCCAGGUCUCCACGCGAGCCUGAUUGGUCCUGGGCCCACGACUGCUGAGCCCGGCCCAGGCACACCGCCCAAGUAUGCAUCGCCCUGCGUGAACUCGACGUUUGGAUCGGAGAAGCGCAUGCGACCAUCGACAGUCGUCAAGACGCCAGGGCCAGUCUAUGACGUCGAGUGCACUGGGUUUCAAACGGGACCCAAGACGUCGUUCAGUGUCUCGCGGCGGUUUUGAUCGUAUAAUUGCACCAAACAACCUGGAACUCCCUGCGUUCUUGCAUGGAGCAUCAUGGCUACAACC